UUUGAAGAGGACCUAAGUAAUCAGAACGAUGGACGAAUCAUUGGCUGCUUCUAGAUAUUGGUGCCAUAUGUGCUCAAGAAUUGUGGACCCAAUAAUGGAGGUUGAGAUCAAAUGCCCUCUCUGCAAUGGAUUCAUUGAGGAAAUGAAAGCCCAAGAAAACCCAGCGCCUUCCUUUGCUAAUAAUCCCAAUUCAGCAUCUGAUUCUGAUCAGGACCUCUCCUUAUGGGGCCCCAUCCUACUCAGCAUGCUCAACGAUCAAUGCCAGCGAACUUCAGCCAUCCUCGAUGUCCUCACUGACAUCCAACAAAGGUUGCAUAUCAGAGACCAAGAACAAGGAGAGAGGCAGGGAGAACAUAUGAUCCUAAUCAAUCCCUUCAACCAAGCUGUGAUCAUCCAAGGGGGAGCCAUUCAUCCUACCAACAUAAACCACAACAUUGGAGCUUUGAUAGGGGAUUAUUUCGUCGGUCCUGGCCUCGAUCAGCUGCUACAACAUUUGGCUGAGAACUAUCCUAAUAGGCAAGUGACUCCUCCGGCAAGUAAAGAGGCGGUUGAGGCGAUGGCUAGAAUCAAGAUUGAGGAGAAAAUUGGGCGUUGCUAUGUUUGUUUGGAGGAGUUUGAGAUUGGGGAGGAAGCUAGGGAGAUGCCUUGCAAACAUAAAUUUCAUGAGGGGUGUAUAUUGCCUUGGCUCGAGGCUCAUAGUUCGUGCCCCGUCUGUAGGUUUAAGAUGCCCGUUGAGGGGCCGAAGAAUGAGUCCAAUGGCGCUGGCAAUGGUAGCACGGGUGCAAGUGAGGGUAAUAGAGAAGAAGGUAAUGGCAAUGGUAAUGCCAUCGGGGGGAGGUCGUGGAUGCCGGUCCCUUGGCCUUUUAGUGGAUUGCUUUCGUUUUCGUCGUCUGGGUCUUCUCAAAAUGGAGGGAAUGGCAACGGGAAUUCUUUGUCAGAAGAUGGUCCCAAUGAGCAUUGAAGAAGUUUUUGUUCAUUGAUCAUCUUGUUCUUUGUUGAGUUCAGUGGUAUAAUGCUGUACAUAGUCUUCUGUUUCAU